AGGUAGACUAAGGAAGGCCCCUGCUUCCCUGGAGCAGGGACUGAAAUCCAGUGGUCACAGGUCUCCUGUCUCUCCUGCAUUCCUUAGCUCUAAGUAGCCAGGACCCAGCACUGGCUCUACCCUGGGUGUGGUAAGUGAGCUAUGGCCUUAAGAACAGGUGGGGAGGGCUGCCUACGGGAGCAGAAGAGGUAGGACCAGUUCCCUCCAGACUGCUGCUGUGUGGCCCAGGGCGGAGCCCCUGGGUUUAAAGAGCCGAACCCACCCAGGCUGUCCUCAGACUUUCUCUCUGCGCCACUCACCUGACUCGGGUCAUCUCCAGGCAGCCUGCAGCUUCGCCCUGGGUCCUGACAUGGAGGGAAUAACCUGUGCCUUUCUCCUGGUGCUAGCAGGUCUGCCCACCUUGGAAGCCAAUGAUCCAGUUGAUAAAGACAGUCCCUUCUACUAUGACUGGGAGAGCCUGCAACUGGGAGGACUGAUCUUUGGAGGGCUCCUGUGCAUCGUCGGAAUCGCUAUGGCGCUGAGUGGCAAGUGCAAAUGUAGGCGCGACCACACGCCCAGUUCCUCAGCUGGGAAAGCCACUCCGCUCAUCAUUCCAGGCUCUGCCAAUACCUGCUGACUUGAACACAGGACCAAGUUUGGAGGCACGUUUAUGACAGCUUCUUGCCAUACUCCUCCUCUGGAGACCUCCCUCUCCAGGAUGUCUUCCCUAGAGCAUACUGUUAAGUCUUCGGUGACAGGGAAGGGUGUUGCAAAGCUGAUUUUAUAUUAAACUGGUCUUGCUGCUCC